CCUCCCUCCGAUAUUAUCAUUCCAUCUUCAACUGGGCUAGUCUGUUGGGCUUUCCGCUGUCCUCAUCCGCUACUCGACAUAGAUCCCCGCGAUUUGGCACUCCGAUCAUUUUGUUUCCCGUUUGCAGACACGAAGCAGUGACAUUUUGCGGUAUUUAAGAAAACCCUCGCAUCAGCACAGAAGCCGUCGAAACCCGCUUCGUUCGGUUUCUUCGUUUUAGUUGAAAUUGGACACCGCUGAUGUUUCAGCGUCCAUGUCCACCCGUAGGCUGUGCGCGGCGGAGUAAUACUUCAUUGGAACCGACAAUGUGGAGGCUGUUAAAAUGUCUACUUGGAAAAUGAAAUUGUUGCAAUUUCAACAACGUUAGGGCAACGGAGUAAGACAAGAGUUAUGGUUCGUGUUAGAGACGUAUUUUCGGUUUCGUGACGAAGACAGCAGCGAGACGAGGCGGGCGCUGGAGAGGUUCAUAUUGUCUUUCCUCAUCUUCAUCAAGCCCACAGACCGGACCACGGGGGGAAGGAUCCUAUACCUAACUUUGUUUUUCUCUCUACUCCAGCCGUUCAUUUCUCUGUGUUUGAUGCUACAAUAUUCAAUCCAGCCACUUGCUGAGACUGAAAGGGCCAAGUGAACAGCAGCAGAGAAUGGCUGCAGUGGGAACAGACAAGGAGCUCAGCGACUUGCUGGAUUUUAGCGCGAUGUUUGAGCCUCCAGUUUCAAACGGCAAGAAUCGGCCGACUACUCUUGCCAGCAGUCAGUUUUCAGGUAUAGAUGAGAGGAGUGGGUCUGGUUCCUGGGGGCCAGGAGAACAGAACAGUCCAUCUUUCAGCCAGGGAAGGGGUUAUGGAGAAGAAGGUAUUUACAGUGAGCAAGAGGGCAUUGCCUCUGCCCCCACAUUUGGAUCAGGGAUUGUUGGGAAGGCUGAGCGAGGACCGUACUCCUCAUUUGCAGCACAGCCGGGCUUUAUGCCCAGUGACAUACCCAUGCCCAGUCCCAACGCCCUUUCCCCGUCUGGCCUGAAGUCCAACUCCCAGUUUUAUUCCUCCUAUGAGGGGAGCAACACUCGCAGGCGACCCUCCCAGGACCCCAUUGAAUCACAGCCAAAAAAGAUCAGGAAGGUGCCCCCCGGUCUGCCCUCCUCCGUUUAUGCAUCAGCCUCAGGAGAGGAUUUUAACAGGGACAAUGCUGGCUACCCAGCUUCUAAGGCAGGAAACGUCUACCCACCACCAUUCUACAUGCAAGAAGGCCUCCACCCGCCCUCCGAUCCGUGGGGCUCUGCCGGGUCGAUGGUUCAGCCUGGUUAUUCUGCCAUGCCAGGCAACACCCCCCAUCUGAGCCAGCAUGGUCCCUUCACUGCCAUCAACCCGCAAGACAGACUGAAACGGCAGCCACUGCCCCUGUCUCCUCAAAGUUACCCACUGCAUGGCAGCGAGGUGAACGGGGCUCAUCCUGCUGGUUUCCACUCUGGCUCCAGCAGCUUCGGAGUCCCUAGCCACACACCCCCUAUUGCUGGCACUGACACCAUUAUGGCUAAUCGGGGAGCAGUACCUGGAAGUUCAGGUGAUGAGAUCGGCAAAGCCCUGGCAUCUAUCUAUCCUUCAGAUCCAAACAGUAACGGCUACUCUCCGUCCCCAUCUACUCCCUCUGGUUCUCCUCAGGCUGUAUCAGGCUCUGCAUCCCAGUGGACUCGGUCCUCUGGCCAGGCCACACCUUCACCUAACUUUCAAGGUGGAAUUCAAUCCAUGUCUAAUAAACUGGAGGAUCGUCUGGACGAAGCCAUCAAUGUUCUUCAGCGUCACGCCAGCGGGCAAGGAGGGCCAGGACUGGCUGAAAUGCACAGUCUGCUCUCGUCUGGUUUAGGGUUACCUCCGGCCUUCAGCAGUGCAGCACUUGGGCUCGCCAGUCGUCUGCCUGGACUGCUGUCCAGUCACCAUGAGGACUCUGUUGGUCUGCCCUCUAGUGGAGGACUUUUGCAUGGUCACCAUGGCUCCACAUCUGUCCAACCAGGCUCUCAGCCUGAAGGUUUUACCAGCCUGCCUGGCAGCCUAAAUCGUUCCAGUGGCGGUGAUAUCAAACGAGAGGACAAGGAAGAGGACGAAAACUGCUCUAUUACUGACAAGUCAGAGGAUGAGAACAAAGACACGAAUGCCCACCUUCGAUCAAGCGUUGUCACGGUGACUGAUGAGAACCUAACUGCUGAGGAGAAGGAGCAGAGGGAGCGUGAGCGCCGCCUAGCUAACAACGCUAGGGAGAGGGUGCGUGUGCGCGACAUAAACGAAGCCUUCAGAGAGCUGGGCAGGAUGGUUCAGGUUCAUCUGCAGAGCGACAAGGCCCAGACCAAGCUUGUCAUCUUGCAGCAGGCUGUCCAGGUCAUACUGGGCCUGGAGAAGCAGGUGCGAGAGCGUAAUUUGAACCCAAAGGCUGCCUGCCUCAAGAGAAGAGAGGAGGAGAAAGUGUCGGGUGUGGACCCCCAGAUGCACCUGAGUGGGGGUCACCCGGGUCUAGGAGGUGAUGGACACAACCCUGUGAGCCAUAUGUAAUUCUCAGUUCCUGUUUUAUUGUACAGCCCUUAGAACACGUGGCCUUAAUCUAUCAUUGUCAUGCAUCUCAGUGUGUGUUAAUCAACUUUUGGAAAGCACACACCUCAUUACUGACAAAGGAGGUGGCCACAUUCCUGACGAUGAAUACAAGAGUAACAAGCACACUGAUACAAAAGAUUUCUGAAUCUUUACAUGGCAUCACUUUGAACCGAGGACGCUGGUUUGGAGACAGCUGCAAUUGGACAUAAGGACGUUCUUAUGAUCAUGUUUUUGUAAGACAUUUUUUAAAAAGUUGCUUUACACGUUGGGAGCAAAACUUUGUUUGGAUCAAAUAAAACUUGCGGAUCAAUUGCUCAUGUGAGCAAAGUUAGGAUUUGUAUUAUUGGAUAAUGAUUUGGCAUUCCCAUCUGAAAAGGAGGUCUUACAUUCUUCACAGGUAAAGAAAGACACCCAGGUUUGAUCGACACGUGUCUGAAACAGGCCUAAUGCAUAGUGUUUGGUAAGAUAAAAAAUGGCCGUCAUUAUUAUCCUCUCUAGUGAUGACUGAAUGACAUCCAGCCAUGCGAGCAGCAUUUGAAAGACUGACCGGGCAAUCAGAGAGCUGACUCCUCUUUUUGAUAUGCUGUUAAUUCUGGGUGUAUUUUAUAAUUUUCUUACUUUGGAUGAAAAGGUAACACAGUCAGUUUUCUUUUUCUUUUUAACUGUGGAUCCCUGAGUCUUGUCUCUAUAAGUCCUGUACAUCUGUUAUUGUCACUGCCAUGCAAGUGGAAUGGAAAAGACUGCCGGAGGGAGACCCACCACUGACACAAUUACGAGCACUCAUUACAAAUGCAGGAUCCACAAUGAUGUUGAAUCAAAUCUGCACACGGACACCCCGACCAUCCCUCUGCGAGGCUGUCGUUGGACUCGAGUACACAGACGUCAAAGUCAGUCGCUCUCAGCCUCAGUUACAUGUUCAAUACAAACACUCUGACUCAGAUAGAGCCAGUGUCACAUCAGCCUGCCCCCGUCAAACCUCAAGACACUGUUACAGCACGGUGAGCUUACUUAACGUCAUUGUGGUAAAAUACAUUUUGCUAGAAGACGGAGUAUUGAGAAGGAUCAUGAGUGUUAAUGCUACUCAAUUGCCUUUGACUGACUUGUUUUGGUUGUUCAGAAUUUGGUGUUUUGUUUAUUUUUUUCCCUUUUGAACAAUUGCAAAGCCUGUUGUAAGGAUCUUCCUUUUGUAGAAUUGAUUUGUCAUUGUUUUUUAUUUUAUUUUUUACCUUGUAAGAUAGUUGUAUGAGUUAGUUUUUUUUUUCCAUUUGGAAUGCUCUUUCUUUUUUCGUUUACAUUGUUUAAAUGUAAGACAACUCUCAAUUUAGAUUCCAGGAACAAAGUGAGGUGUUUUCUGUUGUGCCAGGUGCUUGGAAAUGUUAGAAAUGACAAACUGCCUGGCUGUAACAUCACAUGUUGUGAUAUUGCCCUUUUUUUAAAAAAAAAAAACAAAACAAAAGAAAAACAAAAAAAACAAUACCUGUUUCAACACAAACUUGUCAGGCCAGUUGUAAUUGGAUUGUUCUGGUGUUUGCUUCAGUUUUUCUUAUAAUGAAACAAUAUUCUUUCUUCGGUGCACCCCCCUCUCUUCUCCCCAAUACCUGCUCUCUGAUGAGCUUAUUGAUUAGUUUGAGGUCGGGGCAGAAGGGGCGGUCUGCACAAUCCGCAACAUAAUUCAGUUUCAUUAUGAUAUAAAGCAUAAAAUGAAUCAAAAAGGGUGGCCUUAGUCAUUUUCCUGACUUUGGGAGUUUUGAUAAUGGUUACUCACCAGUGCCUGAAUACUUCUCUGCUACAUGGUGGAUGAUGUUGCAUUUGAGGAUUUAUAGGUUGUACCUUUUUAUAAUACAGACGUAUAAACAAAUAUAUACUUCAGUAACAUCUGACAGUGUCUCAAAACAUCUGGAUGAAGAAUUACACUCAUUGACUGCUUCAGUGUGUUAUUACAUGUAAGCUGACUAAUAACCUGGUCUACAACUUUGACACUGAAAACUACUUAAAACUUUUUUUUAUUUACUGAUUUUUUUUUUUUUAAAUAUAUUUUUGUCCUUGACUGGCAUGUGCAUUGAUAUGUAUGUACAGCUGUAUGAUAUGUCCUUAUCAGCUGAUAAGUAACAGUAUUUGGUUUACCUUGCCCCAUGGACAAGCCCCAAACAUUAUUUUCUUUGUCAGUUAUCUUUCGGCAAAAAAAAACGUGGUCUUGGUGUGAUAUAGAAAAUCACUACUAAAGACUUUUAUUUCUUUACAUGAAAGAUAUGUCUACAGUAUCCAAGUAUGAAAACAUGCACCGGAUUUUCUUUGUCAGCAGAUGCUUUCUUUCCUCCAUAACAAACGAUGUGCUACAGAUCUCACUGUCUUCACUCAUGUUUGGGGACAAUAUCUAUGUAGGCUAUGUCCUCAAAGUGCCUCCAGUUUCCUAUUUUUUAUAUAUAAAGUAGAUAUUGAGAACUGUUGUGUAUAUAACAGUAAUGUAGCAAUAAAUGUGCCAUUUUUAAUAACAAAA